AAGUCACUCCUUCCCAUCUGCACUCCCACCUACAGUUCAACCUACCUACAUUAUAUCACUACAGCAUGGGGCAUGGAGAGUGCAGAACCAAAUCAUGAGGUAUCCCUAGUGCACUCUGAGCACCUUCUUGACAUAUGUGUCUCUAUGAAGUCUCUGGCACGCUCCACAAUCAGUACCCUGUGCUGCUUCUCUACCCUCAGGUACACUCCUGCAAUCAUCCAGACUGGACCGUCUUUCUCUCAGUGGAAAUGGAACCCUAUCUGUGAAAGGCUGGAUACAGUAUCCAUCAAUGUGUAGACAUGAACCUUUUCUCCAAUAUCUUCAGUUAAGAUAUACUGUAAUGGACUGAAUCUGUGAGAGAUGAGUAACAUUAAAGAGAUAUCCAUAGAGUCACUUUCAGAAUGGAAACUUAUUGGCCAGGGGCACUUUGGAGAUGUUUACAAAAUGAAGCACAAGGAACUCAGGAUACCUGUAGCAGUGAAAAAACUUAAGGGGAAUGUACCACAUCUUGAGGAGUUACUUGAUGAGGCGGAGAAGAUAAAGCAUGCCUCCGAAAACUACUACGUAAUCCAAUUGUUUGGGAUAGUAAAAGCACCACCAUGUAUUGUAAUGGAGUGGAUGGAGUGUGGCUGCUUAGGCACACUAAUGGAGAAAGUUCAUGAGAUUCCAUGGCCCUUAAAAUAUCGCUUUCUCCAUGAAGUGGCAUUAGGUAUGAACUGGUUGCAUCGCCUUUCCCCUCCUCUGUUGCACCUGGACCUAAAGCCAAGGAAUGUUCUAUUAAAUGAUGGACUCCAUAUAAAGAUUACAGAUUUUGGUUUGUCCAAAUAUACAAGUAGCUCCAAUGAAGCAAAUGGGGGAACUAUAGAAUACAUGCCUCCUGAAGCAUUUCAAGAAGGAUACAAGCCAAGUGAGGCCUCUGAUGUUUACAGUUUUGCCAUCUUAUCGGCUGUGGUACUCAGAGGUGAUGACCCUUAUCCGGUUCAGUGUUCUUCAUUGAUAAGUGUAUGCAUACCUCAAGGUCAGCGACCUAGUUUUGAAUCCUUGAAGAAUAUAAACUCUGUGAAGUAUCUAGAAAAGACCAUUGCAUUUACUAUGCUUUGCUGGGAUAAUGACAAGCGACAAAGACCUGCUUUUGUUGAAUGCUGUAACCAAUGGGAAAAAUUUAUAACUGCAUACAAAGACAAGGACAUUAGAGAUGCUGUAAAAGCUGUACAAAACACGAUGGAUUGUACAGAUUCUACUAGCAGCAGAACAGAUGUCCGACAAAGUGCAAAUGCACCAAACACCAAAGAUAUGUCAGAUAUGAUUAGGUCAAUGGAGACUAUCAACAUUGGAGAGCAUCCAUCUGCUAAGUUGGAGGCUGUACCUUCAAAAAACCAUGGCAGCAGUCUAAGAGGAGGUUAUAGCCAGCGUUUACCAUCAGCAAUCCAACCAAGGACAAAUGUUGUUCAUCAUGGACCAAGUACUCCAAAUUACAGGACAGGGAUUGAAAGAAACCCUCAGAGCCAGAAUAGAGGACCAUUUAACCCCAAUCAAGGACAAGCACCCCAACAAGGGCAAGGGGGAUUUAGUCACAGAACAAAUUCUUCAGUCUACAGGACAGGAAACAUGAGAAGCCCUCAGAGAGUACAGAGCCAGUUUACACAGCCCAGUUCAGGACCAAUAUACCCACCAGGGGUACGUUAUAUGUUCCCACCUCCCAGUUUCCCAAAGCUAUAUGCCGCCCCACAAGGUUUCCCCCCUUACUCCGGCCCUUCAAAUUCUCAGCCUUCCUUCUUCCCUUCAAAUUUUACUGUCCCUUCACCAUCUCCAACAGCUAAUACCGGUAGUACUAAUAUAUCACUCAAUAACAAUGAGGGACCAUGUCAAUUUGGUAAUAAUAAUAGCAUGGUUUACGGGACAACAGGACCUCAUUAUCAUAGCAAUUUUAACCCAAGGAGUCAUCCUGGCUGGACCGGACCCACAAGUUCCCCUGCACCAACUCAGACUUUAAAUAUUAAUAUCAGUAACAACAGUGGUCCACUACAAAUUGGAGACAACAAUACAAUGUAUGCUAGGGGCUCAAGUCAAUAUCAGAGACAAAGCACCAGACCUAUCCCUCCACAACCUGGCCAAACUGCACGUAUAAACACCCUUGUUCCAACAAAAAGUGUACAUAAUCCACAACCAUCCCAUACUUCAGAAUUGUGUCUCCCCACAAAGGCAGGAGAAGCUUUUUCUGAUGCAGCUCUUCCUACACAAGAGACUGAAAGGCAAACUGAACAACCACUAGAAAUACCAACUACAAAGGAUACCACUGUGAGCCACUCAUUACAAGGAAAGGACAAUAUUAAUUCAAGCAGCUCUUCAGGAGAACAGGAGAAAUCUAAGCAAUGAUUCCUGGCAUUAACUAUAGCAGUGCUUCCUACAGUGAAAAAUGUGGUGCCUAGCUGGAUAAAAAACAUGGGUUGACUACUGCACCAAAGUCUGCAUACUCCUGGCCCACUAUAAAAAAAGAACCUUACUUUGCAGAACUUCAGUUUACAACUUGUAGACACAGCCCAUUCCAGAAUUGAUCAAACCAACUCUACAGAACUCAUUGCCUUUCAUGGAGACAUUCUGCAUCUUCAAACAACACCCCAGGACACAGUCCACAUAUUGCUAUGCUACAGACCACCAGGACCAUAGACAAAUCUCCUCACACCCUUCACUGAAUUCAUCUCGACAUACACCUUAAAAACCAAAAACUUUCUGUUACUCGGGGACUUCAACCUCUGGGCUAACUCUACCCAGGACCCCAUUGCCACCUCUUGCAUCAACCAACUGGAAGAACUAGGUCUGCAGCAACUGAUAAAAGCCCCCACGCAUGGCUCAGGUCACAUUCUUGAUCCCAUCUUCCAACAAAAUAUGGACAUCAACACCUUUAAAAUCACAACCAACAUCAUCUCCCAAAAACCGAAACACCCAAUAACAACACUCUGGACAAGAUCUCAGAAGAAACUACACUCUGAACUCUUCAAAACCACACUAUCAAAAAACAUAAGAAUGCGAAAUCAAAACCAAUCAACGGAACAAACACUCAACUCCUUAAACAAAGCAUUACUACAAACAGCAGACACAGUCGCUCCGAAACGUAGAGCACUCAUCCGCAAAAACAAUUCGGGCUGGUUUAAUGACACUCUUACUUUACUGAAGCAAGACGCAGAAGAGCUGAAAGAGCCUGGAGAAGAAACCCAACAAAGGAAAACCACACAAACUGCAAAGCACUCAAUAAUAAAUACCACAAAGCAAUAUUCAAAGCAAAAAAAGAAAAUGUCUCAAACAUCAUCUCAAAAGCCCUAAACAGACCUCGUGAACUUUUCAAACUAGUCGCUCAGACUAUGAACCCUACCUGCCUAGAACCUUCAGCAAACGAAACUCAAGAAUUCUGUAAUGAGCUAUCGGAUUUUUUUAUCAACAAACAUUCGUGAAAUAAUUCAACAGAAAAAAAACAACCAACCUCACUCAGCCAAAGCAAGAAGAGGAAAUCAAUACAAACAUUAUACAAUCGACGACAUUUUCGCUUGUCCCGAUUACCAUUGACACCACCAAAAACAUCAU